UAGGCUUGUGUUUUUGGUUCUGAAAAUUAUGGUUACUGCUCCCGUCUAUCAAAAGAGCGCAGGGUGUGUUCUUCGCCUCUCAGACUGAGGCCGUUUGGUCUUUGUAAAAUCUGUUUCUCUUGUUUUGUUUGUUAUUCGGGCGGGAAAAGAAAAUGUCAGGAAAAGGAGCAAAGGGAUUGAUAACAGGGAAGACAUCAGCUGCUAACAAAGACAAGGAUAAGAAAAAACCUAUCUCUCGUUCUUCUCGCGCUGGCCUUCAGUUUCCGGUAGGUCGUAUACAUCGCUUGCUGAAGUCGAGGACAACAGCUCAUGGCAGAGUAGGAGCAACAGCUGCUGUCUAUUCUGCUGCUAUUUUGGAGUAUUUGACUGCAGAAGUGUUGGAGUUGGCUGGAAAUGCCAGCAAGGAUCUCAAGGUCAAACGUAUCACUCCUAGGCAUUUGCAACUUGCAAUUCGUGGUGAUGAAGAACUCGAUACUCUGAUCAAAGGUACCAUUGCUGGUGGUGGAGUCAUCCCUCACAUCCACAAGUCGCUUAUUAACAAAUCAUCCAAAGAAUAGCUUUGCCAUAUGGGUUUUGUCUCUGUGCAUCUGCCAAGUGGAAAAAUUCCUUCCUUGCUGAUGUGAUUCUGCGCUCAGUGACCAUGCUUCUGUUCAAGACUUCUGUGAGAUUAGGGACCUGAAUUUGUGUUAAAUUGUUAGCUUAAUACCUCUUUUUUCUUUUUUGUCAGUUCAGUUGGCAAGACUUGUUGUGUUUCUGAUAUGCUGUGGAGAUGUGGAUAAUGACAUUGUUUAACAAUUCUAAUCUUUGCUCAAAAUUUAUGGUAGUAGUAUUGACCAUUUGCAUUA